GUAGUGAAUUUAUAUUCGCUAUACCGAUCCCAAACUAUAGUCAAUACUAUUAUCAUAGAGAUUUCAGGUUGUCAUUGGCACAGGACGGAAACUCUUCUGCAAACAAUCACUGAUUCGCCUUGACUGAAAACCACAAAACAAAACAUAUCACAAGGCAACGUCAUGGCCGCAUCAGAAGCCGUCACGAGCGUGGAGCUCACUACGCUCCCCAAGAUCGCCACUGGCAAGGUGCGCGACCUGUUCACGGUCGACGACAAGACACUCCUCUUCGUCGCCUCGGACCGCACAUCCGCCUACGACGUCGUCAUGGCCAACGGCGUGCCGGGCAAGGGCGUAAUCCUGAACCUGGCGACCGUGUUCUGGUUCAAGCUGCUCACGGCCAAGGUCGCGGGCCUCAAGACGCACUUUCUCGGAACCGAUGCGCCGGCGUCGCUGUCCGAGGCCGAAAAGGCCGUCGUGCGCAACAGGAGCAUGCGCGUCCGCAAGCUCAAGGUCUUCCCCGUCGAGGCCAUCGUGCGCGGCUACGUCGCCGGCUCGGCCUGGGCAGAGUACAAGACGAGCGGCACGAUGCACGGCCUGCAGGUGCCCGCCGGCCUGAGGCAGUGCGACAAGCUGCCGAAGCCGCUGUACACUCCAUCGACAAAGGCGGAGCAGGGCGACAAGGACGUCAACAUCUCGCCGGCGCAGGCGGCCGAGAUCGUCGGUGACAAGUACGCGGCCGAAAUUGAGAGGCUGGCGCUGGCCGUGUACGAGGCCGCGGCAGACUACGCUGCGGGCAAGGGCAUCAUCAUCGCCGACACCAAGUUUGAGUUUGGGCUGGACGAGGAGACGGACGAGGUGGUGCUUGUCGACGAGGUGCUGACGCCUGACUCGUCAAGGUUCUGGCCCAAGGACAAGUACGAGGCCGGGCGGGACCAGGAGAGCUUCGACAAGCAGUUCAUCAGGAACUGGCUGACGGCCAAUGGGCUCAAGGGUAAGGAGGGGGUCGUGCUGCCCGACGACGUAGUCAAGGCGACGAGGGGCAAGUACGAGGAGGUGUUUGGAAUGUUGACGGGUAAAUCGGUCGAGGAGGCACUGAAGGAUGGGUUUCCGUGAGGGGCUAUGAUGUUGGCGAUUGUGGCUACUACGUUUCCUGGUAUGAGAGCUCUAAGUUACUGGUUUUUUUUACACAAACUAACCCCCUGAAUGAAUCCGAGCACGGGAAACAAAUGGAGUAAAAAGACAAGGCAAGUCCAGAGCGGUCUCCAUCUCAGACCCUGCAUAUUGUUGCACAGCACAAAGUUUUGUUGGUUUUUUUUUCUUUUGGCAGGGGUUAUUGUUACAGGGGUUACCCCGCCUCCUUAUUUUUCGCCUACACCGUACCGGUACAGCUUACCAGUACAGAAGCUUUCGAUCCCAGCGAGCUCCAGUAGAGCUCUGGUUGGGGCUGUCGUCAUUGAUCAAAUUGAUUGGGGACAGUACCUUACUUAGUCUAAGCUACGGUUCAGAGCAGGGCUUACAUCAACUUAAUUGACUUUGGCUCAAGGUGCAAAUGCAUCAGUCCUCUUGUGGUCAUUCAGACGAGAUAAUUGCUUUCGUCAUUUGCUUACUGCUUCUUAGAACAAUACAAGCUGAUCUAUUUUCCUAUUUUCCGUCACCUUGGGCAG